AAUAUUAACUGGAUUGAAAUGCAGCGUUUUGGAGCCUUGUGAUUAAUGUAGAAUCACUUAAGUUUAAGGACAGGCCGCCCAGUCUGGACCAUGGGGUCUGUGUGGUCUGAUUUUCUAUGUAAAUCUAUGUAAAUCUCUCUCUCCGUCACUUCCUUGAACUUAAUAUUAACUAGAGUUGAAAUGCAACGUUUUGGAGCCAUCUGAUUAAUGUAGAAUCACUUAGGUUUAAAAGGACAGACCACUUAGUCUGGACCAUGGGGUCUGUGUGGUCUGGUUUUCUAUGUAUAUCUAUGUAAAUCUGCGCAUCUAUCAAGAUGAGAAGUAGAUGAAGGCUUUGUUUUCCUUCUUCCUAACGGGUCAUGUUUCGAGUAAUUCCUCUUGCUUUCUUUCCUUCUCCCUGCCGAGUUACUUACACGUGAGGGAGACAUUCAUCCGGCCUUAGGCAUAGUGGGGCUUGCCUAGGGGGUGGUAUUAGAGAGGCAGGGAGGGAGGGAGGGAGAGGGUUUUUUUUACGUCUAGGUCUGGGUCUUGGGUCUGGAGGUGACGUAACAUGCCAUGGCCGAGCAGGAGCAGCCACGACGCGCCUGCUGCCUGUCCCUGCUGAACAAUGUCCUCCGCGGGUCCCAGGGCGGGGCGGGGCGCGGCCAGAUGAGUCCCUGGGCGCUGGUGUGGGUGUUCCUGUGCGGGGCGGCGUGUGCGGGGCUGCUGGGGGCGCUGCAGGCGUGGUGGGCGGGCGUGCAGCAGCGGCCCCAGGUGCUGUCCGCCUCCCUGGGGGUGCUGCCGGCCGGGGCGGACCUCUCGCUCAUGGACGAGGGCUACGUGGCCAUGGCCCUGCUGGGGGACCACGCCGACCACCCCUUGGCCGCCACCACCACCACCACCGAGCUGGAGGACCACCAUGCACAAAUCGAGGCUCUUAACACACUCAAGGCUGCGAAGGAGUUGGUGUUCUCGGGGAAGAGUGCGAGAGCGGGCCGCCUCCUGGAACACGCCCUCUCCCUGGCCCCGCGACACCCUGAGGUAUUGGUGCACUAUGGGGAAUAUCUGGAGCACCACCGCAACGAUGUCAUCAAGGCCGAUAAGCUGUACCUCCGCGCCCUGGCCGUCUCCCCUGCCAACUCACGGGCCCUCAGAAACCGUCGGCGCACCCAGCCCCUCGUGGAUGAGAAGGACGUGGCUCUUCUAGCGCGGAUAGACAAUAAGCGGGACGACUUGGCACGCAUCCCCAGCUCGUCGGCGGCCCUGCGCAGGAUCAAGAAGGAGGCGUAUUUCCAGCACAUCUACCACACGGCCGGCAUCGAGGGGAACACCAUGACCCUGGCACAGACCCGCAUGAUCCUGGAGACGAGGCUCAGCGUGGGCGGCAAGAGUGUGAUGGAGCACAAUGAAAUCCUCGGGCUGGACCUGGCGCUCAAGUUCAUCAACACGACACUGCUGCACCGUGUGGGCCGAGUCACCCUGCACGACAUUCUGGAGGUCCACCGUCGAGUCCUCGGCCACGUGGACCCCAUAGAGGCCGGCCAACUCAGGACCACGCAGGUGUACGUAAGCGACCACAUUCCCCCGCCCCCCACCCGCCUCCAGGUGCUAAUGGAGGACUUCGUCGCGUGGCUCAACUCCCCCGAGGCCCAGGCGCUGCACCCGGUCCGCUACGCUGCGCUGGCCCACUACAAGCUGGUCUUCAUCCACCCAUUUAGCGACGGGAACGGACGGACCGCCAGGCUCAUCAUGAACUUCUUACUGAUGCAGGCCGGCUACCCCCCAGUCAUCAUUCGCAAACAGGACCGGAUGCUGUACUACGACUGCCUCCAGCUGGCCAACGAGGGCGACACGCGGCCGUUUGUGCGUUUCGUGGCCCACUGCACGGAGAAGACCCUGGACGUGUACCUCUGGGCCACUAAGGAAGCAUUGCCGAAGAUCGAACAGAGGCGCGAUGAGCAGGGACGGCAGGAAGAGCAGACACAGCAGCAGGAGUGGAAGGCGGAUCACAGACAGCAGGAGGAGGAGGGAGAUGAUCAACAGGACCCGCAAAAGUCCGCUAGCAAGGUGUACCUCCACGACGACCGCCAUGACGAGAGUUCCGACAGUGAGCGGAAAUUCGUGUUUACCUCCGUGGAUGAUAUUCUGCCAUGGGAGGAGGUGGAGGAAAGGGAGAGAAGUGGAGGAAAGACGUCUCCUCAUCCCUCACCUUCCGCCUCUCAUGGAACUGAGGAUCAUAUACUAAUGGAGGGAGGAGAAGAGGAGGAGGAGGAGGAGGAGGAGGCAGAGGUGACAGAUGCCGAUGGAAGAGAACAGCUGUGGUUUGUGGGGGAGGAGGAGAGAGUGCGAGUGAGAGGAGGAGGAGGAGGAAAGGACAGCAGAAUAGACAGCAGUAGUAGUAGUAGGAUAGACAGUAGUAGUAGUAGUAUAAGCAGUGGUAGUAGUGAUAUUGAGCAUGAUAAGGUUAUUCGGUACCUUAUAUCAGAGGAGAGGUUGGCGGCAUUUGAGGAAGGGGUGACUGAAGAGGGCUCACCAAGGGGACUUUAGCCAGUCUUCAAUAUAUCGUCACCUCACUUCUUCACCCACUUAAAAAGAUGCUCCUGAAGGUUAACGAGACUUUCCGGGACUGUUUCGUGAUCCUAGUGAUAGUUUUAAACACUUGUGGAAGUUGCUGGGAUGUUCUAGGACUGUUUCAUGAUCCUAGUGAUGGUUAAAAACACUCAUUGAAGUUGCUGGGACAUUUUGGGACCCUUGUGAUAGUUUUAAAUACUCGGAAGUUACUUGGACUUUCCGGGACUGUUUCAUGAUCCUAGUGAUAGUUUUAAACACUUGUGGAAGUUGGUGGGACUCUCCGGGACUGUUUCGUGGUCUUAGUGAUGGUUUAAAACACUCGUGGAAGUUGGUGGGACUUUCUGGUACUGUCUCAUGAUCCUAAUGAUAGUUUUAAAUACUCGGAAGUUACUGGGACUUUUCGGGACUCUUGAUAUGCUAGUUAUAUAUUUAGAAGACUCCGCUAUUUGAAAAGACUCGUGGAAGUUAUUGGAACUCUCCGGGAUUGUUUCGUGAUCCUAGUGAUAUUGUAAAGUCAUGGAAGUUGGUGGGAUGUUCUGGGACUGUUUCAUGAUCCUAGUGAUAUUUUAAAGUCAUGGAAGUUUGGUGGGAUGUUCUGGGACUGUUUCAUGAUCCUAGUGAUAUUUUAAAGUCAUGGAAGUUUGGUGGGAUGUUCUGGGACUGUUUCAUGAUCCUAGUGAUAUUUUAAACAGUCAUGGAAUUUCUGGGAUAUUCUGGGACUCUUGUGAUGUUAGUGAUAGAUAUACAAGACCCCUAUUUGAAAAGACUCAUGGAAGCUACUGGGACUUUCCGGGACUGUCUCGUGAUCCUAGUGAUAGUUUUAAACACUCAUUGAAGUUGGUGGGAUGUUCUGGGACUCUUGUGAUCCCAGUGAUAUAUUUACAAGACUCCCCUAUUUGAAAAGACUCGUGGAAGUUAAUGGGACUUUCCGGGACUUUCGUUAUGCAAGUGAUAGGUUGACAUGACUUCACUGUUUUAAAAGACCAUCAUGGAAGUUACUGGGAUGUUUGGGACUCUUGUGAUCCUUGUGAUAGUUAACAUGACUCCUGUUUGAAAAGCCUCUCGAUGAAGUUAUUAGGACUUUCCGGGGCUGUUUCAUUAUGCAAGGGAUAGUUUUACAUGACUUCCUCCCUGUUUGAAUAGACCCUCGUGGAAUUUGCUGGGACUCUUCUGAUGCAAGUGAUAGUUUAACACGACUCUCCUGUUUGAAUAGACCCUCGUGGAAGGUGCCGGGGCGUUCUGGUACUGUUUCGUGAUCUCGUAGUUUUACCCGACUUCUGCGCCAUGAAUGGGAAGAUCACUCGGUCGCAAAAGCCCAGUUAGUCUUCUCUGUGGCCUUGGGAAAGUUGUCGUAAUGGGAGCCUGAUAGGUUUAAUAAUGUGGACCUCUAAAGGCGGCGUCACACUGGACCCUAAUCUGGCAAGCACGAGCUUUUGCUGUUCCUGUUGUCCUCACACUGACGAACGACGAGCGGCGAGCAACAUCGUAUACAAAGCCUCAGCCAUGGCGCCUAUUACAUCCACGCUUCAGAUUACGGUUAAGUGUGCAGCUGUGAUGGCAUUACUUGCCCAUAACUGAGGAUGGUCCCUGACUAGCUAUUAAAGAGUGCACAAUACCGGAGGACCAGUGAACUCUUGAACUAGGAGGAGCGGAGGUGACCAUGGCAAGUGUUUAUAUCACCAGGGCAGUCUUGGUCUUGGAAAUCAAAAUUAAAAACAACACUACUUUUCACAAUAUUAUAAAAUAUUACAAACACCAUCAAACAUAAAACGAGUAUGUAAAUAAGUUCUCUAAAAUCAUGGGUAUACGGAUCCAAUACACUUGGCAAUAUAUAUUAUUCACACAUCGGUGCACCAAAGAGCUCAUUCGCCUGCCUGCUCGCGGCUUACUGAGCUGCUCCUCGUUCAAACAGUGAGCUAAACACAGGAGCAAGCCAUCCUGCCAGCAAAACCUCGUGCUCGCCAGAUUUGGUCCAGUGUGACGCCGGCUCAAGUUGCUAAUGGGGACUUAAAUUCAACAACAACAUCAACACAAACAACUUCUGCUCAAACACAAACAUCGAAAAAAACAGGUUACAUACAAUAUCGCAAACAACAACAGCAACGCGAACAAUGUCAACGCUCCCAAUAGCAACACAAACUGACUGAGAUGACAAGUCAGUGCCGUGAUAGAGAGAGAGAGAGAGAGAGAGAGAGAGAGAGAGAAGCCAUAGUAUAACAGGAAGGAAAAAAGGGAAGAAUUUGAAAGAGAAAGAGAGAAGGGAAAAAUAGGAGAGAGAGAGAGAGGAAAGAAUAUGAUAAAAAAAGAGAGAAAGAGGAAAGAAAAUAAGAGAAAGAGAGAGAAGGGAAGAAUAUGAGAAAAAAAAAGAAAAGGAAAUAAUAUGAGAGAGGAAGAAAGAAAGAAAAAAAGAGAGAGAGAGAGAGAGAGAUCAGUUUUCCAAUAAAGACUAGUUUACAUAUAGGUCAUGUGUGUGUGUGUGUGUGUGUUGCAGAGUAUUUUUAUAUCCUAGAAAGUUUACAGUUAUCCACAAAGCCAACUCUUCUAUAUAAUGUCCUUACUAUCAUUGUCAUUACUGGUAUUUAGAUUUUACUUACGGUAUUUUGUGAUUUUAUUUAUUAUGGUAACACUGAGCUCCGCGAUGUAGUGGGUAGUGCACUUGCCUUCAUUCCUCUCUUCCUCCUCCUCUUCUUCCUCUUUUUCUGUUCCUCAACUUUCCUUUACCUCUUCCUCCUCCUCCUCCUUUUCUGCUUUCAUCUCUUCCUUCCUCUUCCUCUUCUUCCUCCUCUUCCUCUUUUUCUGCCUUCUUCUCUUCCUUCCUCUUCCUCCUCCUCUUUUUUUGCCUUCAUCUCUACCUCUUCUUCCUCCUCCUCCUCCUCCUCCUCUUUCUAUUUCUCCAUUUUCACUCUCCUUCAUCCCCCUUCCUCUACCUCCUCUUCUUCCUCCUCCUCCUCCUCCUCUUUUUCUGCCUUUUCAAUUUUCUUUACUUUCUUUCUCUUUCUCUCUAUGUGUGUGUGUGUGUACGUAUGUUUCUAAUUCAUUCAUUCACUAUUUCUUGAUUUAGCGACUAAGUAUUCCAUAAAGGUAAAACUAUAUAGUAAAAUGAGAAUACAGGUUUUUUAGGUAACCCCUCAGUCGUACUUUUUUUAUAGUAAGCCCACUUGCCACACACACCUUACCUGUCCAAUCUACUUUACUACUACUACUACUACAAUGGUCUAUAGGUAGCGUUUCUUAAUUGUACUUUUUUUUAUAGUAACGCCACAUAGCUCACACCUCCUCCUCGGACCCAACCAAUACUCUGCACCAAAGACGAGGGAGGUUGACGGGAGUUGUUUUCAUCACCAAGUGCUUCGAGGAGGUUGUCACGCACGAUGUAAAUACACGUUUUAACCCGCACCGUUUCUUGCAGUAUUCUUAGUCGGGCCUUUCCGCCGCCCUCCGUUCAGCGCUGCCAGAUUGUCAUUCUCCGCGCCGCACUGUUUUCUCUGCCCUCUGUCCUGAAACGAUCGCAAAAAAAAUACAUAUCUUGAAUUCACGUUUUUUACAAGAUCUUCAGUUGACUCGUAUCAUCUGAAAUUGACCCUCAUUUGGCCACUCUCUUCUGCCUUUUAUAGUAGUGCCACUGGGCUAUUUUUAUUUGAUUUUACUUAUAACUAUCACAAAAGAAACAUCUAUAAUUGACGAUUUUUUACAAGAAUUUCAAUUGAUUCGUACUAUCUGAAAAUUGACCCUCAUUUGGCCACUCUCUACUGUCUUUUAUAUAUCUUCCUCCACACACUGUAAUUUUCACUCUCUGACCCAUAACUAUUGUCAAAAAAACUAUAAUUGACGGUUUUGACGAGAACUUCAAUUGACUCGUACCCUCAGAAACUGCCCUCUUUUUUUGGCCUUUUAUAGUAGUGCUAGUGGGCUAUUUUUAUUUGAUUUUACUUAUAACUAUCACAAAAGAAACAUCUAUAAUUGACGAUUUUUUACAAGAAUUUCAAUUGAUUCGUACCAUCUGAAAAUUGACCUCUCUUUUGACCACUCCAUACUGUCUUUUAUAGGAGUAGUACAAGAGUUUUUUUCUGUUUUUAUUCACAUUCACAUUCAUUUUCAUUUUCGCAUGGGUCCGUCAGUUUUGGGUACGAUUCCGCUACGUGCGAUGUUCGAAGGACGAGAAUCUGGCAGCGCUGUCCUUGUUCUGUGAUAGAUUGAUGAGCCGUUACCGUCGCCGUAUCGUGCGUUGUGAAUAUCAUCGUUACAGAGCUCGUAUAUAAGGUAUGUCUGCCAUUUCGUACACACCAUAACCCGGUAGCUGCGGGGAUCAUGUUUCUUAAAGGCCCCUCCAAGCGAGAAAAAUGAGAAAAAAUCAUCACUCACGCAAACCAUUUCAUAGUAUAUAUCAACGCAUUUGUGAUCAGUUUAUGCAUCAUCUAUUUUUGUGGGUUUAUAUCAUGGCGAAAAUGUGGCCCAUCGUUGCUACCAAGUUAAGAGAGGGGGAGACAGAGGAAGAGACGGAUAGAUUAUGUAAAGAAAGACGAUAGAAAAAGCAGAGAGAGUAAAGGAGUAAACAGAAAGACAAAUAAAAGAGAUUGAAAGUAGAGGAUUGAAGGAACGGAUGAUUGGAUUGUGGAAGAAAUAGAUGAGAUGAAACUGUUGGAGAGAAGAAAAGAAUAGACAAAUAAGUUGGUAUGGAUAGACAAAGAGUAGAAAGAGGGAAAUACAAACUCCGCUUAAUUGGUCCGUUUUUUAGUAAAUGGAACGUGUGUGUAUCAGAAAUGGCAGACACACCGCACUAUUUUAUUUUUGGGGUAAUUUAUUUGCUGUAUUUAUUCCUGUAUGUGUUGUGUGCAUGGGACAUCACCACCACCAUCACCAUCAUCACCUCCUGUCAUCAUCAUAUAGCCAGUGUUCAGACUUAGGCUACCUGACACCCACCUACCUGUUGGCACCUUUUAUAUACCUGUCCAAUUAACUCUGGCACAUAUUUUUACCUGUCUGAUUAUAUGGCACACACCUUUACCUGUCCAAUUUACUCUAACACACCUUUUUACUUGUCGAAUUUACUCUUAACACAUCUUUUUACCUGUCCAAUUUACUCUAACACACCUUUUUACCUGUCCAAUUUACUCUACAGCACACCUUUUUACCUGUCCAAUUUACUCUUAACACCUUUAUCUGUCCAAUUUACUCUAGCAUACCUUUACCUGUUAAUUGACUAUAACAUUCCAGUGCCUCUCUCUUCCCUUCCCCUCUUCUUUCCUCCCUUUAAUUUCCCCACUAACAUAAUCAUUCUCAUCCUCCUCUUGGGCAGCUUUUCCGAUACCCUACGCCCCUGUCCACCCAGCAGUGAAUGGGUACCAGGUAUUAAUCGGGGGUUGUGUCCCGUCUCCUGGGAUCUGUUCUCUUCUCCUGUAAUUCCUUCCCCUUCUGUCUCUCUCCGGCAUAUGACCACAGAUGUUGCGCCGACUAAACGAAACUUUCCGAUUUUCCUCAUCCUGUUCACCUCUUCAUAACCACACCCCUUUUAUUUUUAUAGGCCUCACAUUAUGAUUAUUCAGGGGCAGUGAUUAGUAUUUAUUUUUUAUUUUUUGCAGCUUCCUUUACUGUAAAAAAAAAAAAAUUGAGGUUCUGUCUGUGCCCGAUCCUCUAUUUUUUCACCUCCAUACUUAGGUUCGUAAGUCCUCUGCAGCCCUCACUCUCCUACCUGUUAGAGGAGCUGCAGGUGUAUGCCAACCCUACCUACUUUAAUUUAUGUCAUAGAUUUGUAUUUAUUUAGAUGUUAAGAGCCACUUUCACAGUUUGCCAUGGCGGGUUAGUCAGCCUCCAAGCCAUUACCAAGGACUUUGAAAAUUCCUUGUGUAGUGUUUUGUGUUCAUGUUGAAGUUAAGAAAUUUGAGGAAGCCAUACGGGAAGUCUUUUGUGUAUCUUUUUUUUUUAACAUCUUGUAAUGCCGUUGUAUUGCUCAAGAACAUAUCAGUCACUUUGGCCGAAGGGUCUAAAUCAGUGGUUCCCAAUCUUUUUUGUCCCAUUUCCCCUUUCCAGUCACUUUUUCACCUGUGGACCCAAACAUCUUCCUGUCAUUUCGCGUGCCACUCACGACCAUCCCAAGGGCCAAAUUUGUCAUGUGAGCCGCAUUCCAGCAUAAUACAUUUUAAGCCCUUCACUCCGGCGACACUGACGUCCAACGGCGUCACCAUAUGGAAAGGCUUAGUCCUCUUCUAAACCUCUUAAGAGGAAAUGGAAGAGGAUUAAGAGGGAUUGAGAGGUUUAGAAGAGGAUUAAUCCUCUUCCAUUUCCUCUUGACCCUUUCCAUACGGUGAUGCCGACGUCUGCGUUAUGGAUGGAAAGGGUUAAAAUAAUUAGAAUCUCCAUGGACCCCUGUUUGUGAACCACUGGUCAAAAUGGUAGUGACGAACGCUUGAUAUUUUAAACAUUGUAUUAGUUUUCAUCAACAAUAAUGUGGCUGAUUUGUCCUUUUUACUUGUAUUUCAAGGCGUGGUUAGUUGGUCGGUUUUGUUGACCUUUUAUGUCACUUUUUACGGCCCAGUUUGUAAUUUGUCAGCUGUGAAAAUCCAACACUUCUUCCCAGACUUGAAAAAGCCAAACCAGCCACAUAACUUAAUAAAUACUAAUACAUACGACAUUUAGAAAGUCUGGCGUAGCCUUCAUCAGCGAGGUGUUUUAAUCACGACCAGCUGUUUUUAUCUUGUGUGGUCCGUUCCGAAAAAGCCACACAUCGUAAGUCUUGUAACGUCACCUCUCCAUUAGAAUAAGAUUUGCUCCAAUUUUCUAAGGCAGGUUAUGAAUGCCCUUGUUAUCCUUCAUAUUAAAUGCCACAGUCUAUUCCGCCCAAGGUGAGAAAACGUCAGGAAGAGAAGGGAGGGUGUAGCUGCUUUAGUGCUGGGAUUGAAGGGCAGUUGAUCCGUUGAGGGCUGGGCAAAAUCUAGCUUCAGGGCGGAGGGGAGCAGGCGAGGCUUCUCUGACGCAUUCUCACCUUAGGCUAAAUAGAGUAUAAAGCAAUGUUGUUAGUGGUGGCAGCCAAGGCAACACACGGGGCUGGACUCCUUAUUCAGACGUCAAUACAUACCACAAACCCA